AUGGCACCCGGCUUCGAUCAGUUGUCGGAUCACGACUUCCACGAAGAAGAUGAUGAAAUCGACUUCAGCGACCUCCAAGACCGCUACGAUGUUCGCAUGGAGGAGGGUCUCGACACCUUCGUGGUGAUCGAUGGCCUCCCCGUGGUCAAUAAUGACCAAAAACCGAAAUUGAUCAAGUUCUUGAUGAAGCGACUAAACUCGGCGGGUAGAAUAAAGGAUGGCGAUGACUCGAUCUAUAUGCCUAUGAACGAGCAAGGAGUAUCUGAAGGGUUCGCCUUUGUCGAAUAUCAGACUCCCGAACAAGCCGUGGCCGCCACGAAACAGCUUCACGGCGUAGCACUCGACAAGAAACACACUCUCGCUGUCAACAAACUCACCGAUAUCGAAAAGUAUGGUCGUGAAGGCAAGAUCGACGAUGAAUAUGUCCCUCCUGAAAUCCCAGCCUUCACCGAGCGAGAGCAUUUGCGGUGGUGGCUUGGUGAUCCCAACGCGCGCGAUCAAUUCGUCAUGUUCCGCGGUGACAAUGUCGGCGUCUUCUGGAACAACAAGAAAGAUCCUCCCGAGCAAAUCGUCGACCGCAAACAUUGGACUCAGCUCUUCGUGAAAUGGUCACCACAGGGUACAUACCUCGCCUCCGUUCAUCAGCAAGGUGUCCAAAUCUGGGGUGGCGAGUCAUUUGGUAGAAUACGCCAAUUUCCUCAUCCCUUUGUGAGCCUCAUCGAGUUUUCGCCCAACGAGAGGUAUCUCACUACCUGGUCCAAUCAACCAAUCGUCGUAGAAGAGGGCAAGACUCCGCUCAGCCUUGACGAAGAAGGCAAACAUAUUGUUAUCUGGGAUGUUCAAACUGGCAAGCCUCUUCGAUCAUUCGUCGCCUACGACCUCGCCCCUCCUGCCUCAAUCGAUGGCGCCAUCGCCGCAAAGCCCAAGGUCCAGUGGCCUGCCUUCAAAUGGUCUGCCGACGAGAAGUAUGUGGCUCGGAUGAAGCCGGGCGAAUCAAUCUCCGUCUACGAGCUUCCACGUAUGAAUCUUCUAGACAAGACAUCCAUCAAGGUUGAGGGUAUCCAAGAGUUUGAAUGGGCCCCUGCCACAGUGCAGCGCGAGGGUCCCAAGGUGUACGAGCAAUUACUCUGCUAUUGGACUCCUGAGCUGGGCUCCAACCCCGCCAAAGUCGGCCUCAUGUCAAUUCCGACUAAGGAAAUAGUGCGGACGCGCAACCUGUUCAAUGUGACCGACGCUCGCCUGCACUGGCAAUCCGAUGCCAAAUUCAUCUGUGUUAAGGUUGACCGCCACUCGAAAUCCAAGAAAUCUCUUGCUACCAACCUUGAGAUUUUCCGUAUCAAGGAGAAAGGUGUCCCAGUUGAGGUCGUCGACAGCUUGAAGGACACGGUAAUCAACUUCGCCUGGGAGCCCAAGGGUGAUCGCUUCGUUCUGAUCACUGCCGGAGAAGCUGUCGCAGGCUCGAAUGUUCUACCCAAAACAGCCAUUUCCUUCUUCUGCCCUGAGAAGACCAAGGGUGGCAUCACUGGCCCCUUCAAGCUGAUCAAGACAAUUGACAAGAAAAACAGCAACGGCAUCUACUGGUCCCCAAAAGGCCGAUUUGUUGUUGUUGCCACUGUCAGUGUUCAACAGCACUCGGACAUCGAAUUCUACGAUCUUGACUACGAGGGUGAUAAGCCCGAGGAGAACAAUCUCGCUGCCAAUCUCAUGCUCAUGAACACUGAAGAUCAUUAUGGCAUGACCGACAUUGAAUGGGAUCCUACUGGUCGCUAUGUUGUCACAAGCGCGUCCGUCUGGACUCACUCGAUGGAGAACGGCUACCGCAUCUGGACCUUUUCCGGCACGAUGCUGGCCGAGCAGCCCACCGAGAAAUUCAAACAACUACACUGGCGGCCCCGCCCUCCCACGCUGCUCAGCAAAGAAGAACAGCGUACCGUCCGCCGAAAUCUCCGCGAAUACAGCAAAGAGUUUGAUGAGAUCGACAAAGAAAUGGAGGAGGGUGCUAACCAGGCUGUCAUCGACGCCCGUAGACGGUUGUACGCUGAAUGGUACAGCUGGGUGCGUGAGGAGAAGGAAAUGCUGGUGGCGGAACGAGAAGAACUUGGCAAGCCGGAUCCAGAGGAGGAACAGAUGAAACGUGUGCGGACGAAGAGUGCGGAUGGCACACAGGCGGAGGAGCAGAUUGUUGAGGAAGUGGUGGAUGAAGUCAUUGAGGAAACCGAGGAAAUUGUGUCUUGA